AUGGCGGAGUGGCAGCUGGUCCGGGCUUUGCGGGGCGGACCCGGGACCCGCUCUCUCUCACUGACAGCGCGGGGGCUCCGUUGCCUGCCCCGGGGCUUGGGGAAGAUGAAAGGCCUACAAGAACUCCGCCUGCGGGACAACAGACUUCACCGGCUGCCCCAGGAAAUGGAGGCUCUGAGCCGGUUGAAGGUACUAAAUUUGGGAAACAAUAAUUUUGAGGACGUUCCAGAACAAUUGAAAUACCUCACAUCUCUGCAGAAGCUUCAUUUAUUUGGAAACAAGAUCAGCAGAAUUUCGCCAUUAAUAUUUGAUGGAUUGCGGAAUUUAGUACUCCUCAAUCUGAACAAUAACCAGCUUAAUUAUCUUCCACCAGAGAUUCACAGGCUUGAAAAUCUUGAAUGUGUGAGUGUAGACAACAACCACCUGGAAAGUAUUCCUAAAGAAUUGUGUUAUCUCCAAAAGCUACGUGAACUCCAUUUGUCCCGCAAUUCCAUCAUUGCACUCCCUGAAGAGAUUAAAUACCUGACAAAACUCAAGAUCUUGAUUUUGUCAAGAAAUCGAAUAGAAGAGCUCCCUGAUGGACUUUGCAAAAUGAAGAGGCUUAAAGUUCUAGAUGUAGCAGGAAACAAUAUUCAGAUUUUCCCUACAGAAAUGGAAGAUCUUGAGCUUGAGGAACUUUAUUGUGAAGGCAAUCCAUUGCUUCAGAGGAAUCCAGUUAGUGCCAUACAAGAGGAGGACAUUUUGACUCUUAAGGAACUAACAGCAAGAUUUAUUCUCACUCAACUGGAAAACAAAAACCGCUAUUUACACACAGCAAUAAAGCAGAAUUUAGAAGCACAGAAGCUACUUUCCCAUAAACAAGAAUGUGUUCAUUGUGGACAUAGCUUUCUGGGUAUGUGGCUAGAAUGUGUGCAGUUUGUGGAUGUAAAACAGGGAAUGAAGACUAGCAGAAACUUGCAGCUCUUACCUGUCAGGGCACUUCUCUGUUCAUACAAAUGCUUUAACCGUCGUGACCGUGGACUCUUCGGAAUUGCUGUACCCUAGACCAAGCAAUAAACUCAGCACUUCAAUCAUCCUAUAUUGUGGCAUUCUUAAGAACUUAAACUGAAUUUAGAAUUUGCACUACAUCAAUAAUCCAUUUAAAAUACACAUU